GUUAACCUAAUUUCCGCCAUUUUCGUCUCGCAGGUUAAAAGAGACGUUACCAUUCCCGAUAUCAUUAGUAUGAUGAUGUGAGAAUUUAUGUGCGAAUUCAAAAGCUGAGGUUCAAACCCUACCAAUGUCAAUGGCGAACAAACUUGCUACUAGGCGGGAGCUACUGGACCGGUGGAGAGGCAUCGAAGAAGAAGAAGAGAAUGACGGCGACGGCGACGACUGCGAUAUUGUUGAUCUCUCGAAACGUCGUAGCCUCCACCUCCACAAAGAACAAUGGUUUGCAGAUGCAUAUAAUUUUCUAAUAUGUUUGCCUAGUGAGAGUCAUAUUUGGUGUGGUUCAUGGGAUAUAAUGGGGCCCCUUCUGGAGACUUUUUACAAUUACUUCAAAGAUGACAGCCAAGAUUCACCUCUUAGGCGUUUAUGGAAGAGAAUCUCUGAUGAAAUGCGGCGCUGCCUGCAAUGCAUUUCUCAGCAUCAUCAAGCCCAAGACAUGUAUAAUACGGAGUAUGAGUCUAGCUCUAUUGGUCCUCUUCUUGAUGUCUUGCAAAAGCUUGAUUAUGAGAGGGUGACAUUACACCUGCGGGAUAUCAAUGCAAAAGUGGCAGGGGAAGAAUAUGAUCCUGCUCGUGAUAAUGCUGAAGUUGUUAAUGUCUUAUAUGAGGUAUUGAUGUUCCCAAUCCUCUUAGAUUAUCAGCCUCUAUUCAGUGAGUUUGAGUUGUUUAUUGAAGCUAUUGAUAAUAAGCAUGAACUGGCUUUGUCCGGGAAUCAACAAUUUCCGGUAAUUUUUAGCAACAGACCUGGAACCUUUGCAGCCAUUGCUUAAGAAAUUUAUUGGCUGUUUAGAGGCAGAUACUUUGCCAUUGGCUUUGGAGACUUCAACACCAAGAACUCAUCUGGAUCGUGUGUCUUUAUGGAUUGGUAUCAAAUCACUGUAAGAAUGCCAGUGAGCAGUAACUUCAGCAUUCUAACAAGAAAAUUGGCAUGUCAGAUAGCAGUUCUUGUUGUACACCGAGGUUACAAGAUGAACCCACCUUGCCCUCCUUUUGAGUGUGCGCAUAUGUGGGGACCUGCCCUUGUGUCAUCUCUGAAGGACUCGUCGCUUCACAAUUCAUUAAGGCAACCUGCGUUUGACCUUGUACAGACUAUAAUAGUAUCAGAUGCUACUGCUUUAAUAUAUUCAGUGCUGAAUUGCUGCACAAAUCCAAGCACAGAUAGUGACAUGGCAUAUGAGGUCAUUGAGUUGGAUGAUGAAAAUGAUAUUUGGCUGCCAACUAGUCCAGAUGGUGAAGAGAAGAGUAGUAGUAUGGUGCUUCCUGUCAGAUCUUGCCUUUCAUCUUAUGCUGCAGAAAUUUCCUCUUCAUUUGGGUGGAAGGUUCCAACUGGUUCUGAUGAUGGUGGAGAUGGAAACAAAUCAAAAAACUCAGUUGAAGUGUUGACUAUGUCUUUUCCUUUAAUAAGAACAUUUAUCAGGUUAACUGCACAUUUUUUAGUUCAGAUGGGACAAGGAGAACUUCGAAGUCAGUGGACUUGGGAACCACUGAUGAGUGAAAGCUUGAUCCUUUCACUUUUGGAUCCAAAUGAUGAUAUUAGACAAUUUGGAAAGUCUAUGUUGGAACAAGUUUCAGAUACCCGGGGUCUUUCAUGUGGAUUGAAGUUUCUUUGUUCUCACAUGCCCUCACUGUAUGCAACUAUUUUGGGCCUCAAACAUGCAAUGAAACUGGUAAUGUUUUCGGAAAAUGUUUUCUUGAUAAUAAUGUGCUCCUUGUUGUUUCAGAUGACUUGUGUUCGUUUACUCGAGAUUCUCCCCGUUCUUUUUGAUAAACUCCACCUAAUAGGAGGUAAAGAUCUUGGGAAUUUCACAAUGCUGGUACAAAAUAAAUUUGAUUUCAAAUGGCUUCAUGAUCUCAUGGAAUGGGGGAAGUCAUCACUUAAAGUUGUAAUUGUUUACUGGAAGCGAGCAGUUACGUAUUUACUAAAUCUUUUCAAAGAUGGUUAUACUUUGGAAGAAUUGACAGAACAAGUUUCUCGCCUGUCUGUUUCUCUAUCUGGGGAAGGUUCUCAUAAUUUUCAGGAGGCAAAUGUGAACCCCAAAUCAUUGGUAUCUAAAAACUUGCCUUUUGAGAAGACCUGUUAUACUUCAGAUUUUCAUUCUUCAUCCAUAGAGGAUACAGGGGUGCAAAUGUUGGACUCUAAAAUGAUGACCGGCAAAAAAGAGACUGAAAGUGUAAUUAUUCUUUCAGAUGAUGAAGUGGAACCAAAAGUUCUUUCCAAGAAGGUCAUUUUAUCAGUUAGUGAGACAGAUCACCACAUGUCUGAUGACAAUAUAAUGUCAUGUGAUGCUGGUAAUAGUUUACCAGCUACUGACCUUGCUAAACAGAAUGUUUCUUACAUGAAAACUUCAAAGCAAAUGCAGGAGACCGUUCAGAAAAAGGCUUUUACUGAAGUUUUCAAACUUUCUUCUCAGAAAUACGACUCUGGUAAUUUACAUGAUAAACCUGUGGUCACUUCGAUUAUUAAUUCAAAAGGCCCAGGCGGUCAUAGGAGAGAAGUAAGCUCAAAAUCUAAGGAUAGGGUCAAUUUGACAAAAUUUUCGGAUGAAGCUGUCAGUGAUAAAAAUUUGAACUUAACUUGCAGCAGCACAGUUCCCGAAACUGGUGACCCUAUGCCAAGUACUAGUAAUAAAAUGUCAAGUGAUUUUCGGGAUGCUGAAGAUGUUCCGCUACAGAAGGCAUUGAAAUCUGCGGGGCGUAUGAAGUUGCACGUACCAAAGCCUCCUUCAGUUUUUAGAAGACAAGUUAUUCAACUCAAAACGCCUCAUGAAAACAGAUCCGGUUGUCUCCAUAAAUUAGAGGACCCAGUGAAAAGAUUCAAGCCACCAAGGUUGGAUGAUUGGUAUAAAUCUAUUCUUGAAAUAAAUUAUUUUGCGACAGUUGGAUUGUCAUCCUCAAGAAAAGAUGAAAACCGAAUUGUUAACAAAUUAAAGGAAGUUCCUUUAUAUUUUCAAUCACCUGAACAGUAUGUGGAGAUAUUUCGGCCAUUGGUUUUGGAGGAAUUUAAAGCACAGAUGCAAAAUUCUUUUCUUGAGAUGUCUUCAUGGGAGGAGAUGUUUUAUGGAAACCUUUCUGUGAUGUCAGUGGAGAGAAUUGAUGAUUUCCAUCUUGUUCGUUUUGUCCAUGAUGAUGGUGAUUCUGCAACAUGUAGGAGCUUUUCAGAAAAUGACCUUGUUUUGCUAACAAAAGAUCCCCCACAAAAAUCUUCUCACGAUGUUCAUAUGGUUGGAAAGGUUGAAAGGCGUGAGAAAGACAAUAAAAGAAGUUUAAGUAUUGUUCUCAUCAGGUUUUAUUUUCAAAAUGGUUCUUCACGUUUAAAUCAAGUUAGAAGGAAUCUCACUGAGCGAAGUAAAUGGCAUGCAUGCCGCAUAAUGAGCAUUACCCCACAAAUUCGAGAAUUUCAUGCAUUGUCAUCACUAAAAGGCAUCCCUUUACUUCCACACAUUUUAAACCCUGUCAACGAUUCCUUUUGUCUUAAUGAAUGUAAAGAAGGAGAUCUCAAUAAGUUGUGCCAGUCAUUGCAGCAAACUCUGAGGUCAUCAUUUAAUGUUAGUCAACUUCAAGCAAUAAGUGUUGCUAUUGGAACGGCUAAACCAAAGAAAACUGUUGAAUUAUCUCUUAUUCAGGGUCCUCCAGGAACUGGGAAGACGCGAACUAUUGUUGCAAUUGUCAGCGCCAUUCUAGCUUCUCCUCCACAGAAGAUGAAUUGGCUAAAAAAUCCUUUAGAUGAAAACUUCAACCAAAAUUCAUUUUCUACCUAUUCAAGACCAAAGAUUAGCCAGAGUGCUGCCAUUACGAGGGCAUGGCAGGAUGCAGCCUUGGCUAGACAAUUGAGUGAUGAUGUCCAAAGUUCUUCAAAAUCUUUUGGAAAUUGCGUGAGACAAAGAGUGCUUAUCUGUGCUCAAUCUAAUGCUGCAGUGGAUGAGUUGGUGUCAAGAAUUUCUAGCCAUGGUCUUUAUGGAAGUAACGGGAAAAUGUACAAGCCUUAUAUUGUGAGGGUUGGAAAUGCAAAAACAGUCCAUCCAAAUUCACUGCCAUUCUUUAUUGAUACACUUGUUGAUCAACGUGUGGCAGAAGAGAGGAUGCAUUCAAAUGAUGGGAAGAAUGAUAUGAGGGUAGAUUCUUCAUCAGUGCUGCGGUCUAAUUUGGAAAAAUUAGUUGAUUCUAUUAGGUUCUAUGAAGCCAAGCGUGCUAACUUAAGGGAUGGGAAUUCUAAUGCUAAAAGUCAUCAGCCUAAUGACUCUCGUAUGGGAGAUGAGAAAGUAAUAUCUGAUGCAGAAAUUGAAACGAAGCUGCGCAAGCUGUAUGAACAAAAAAGGCACAUAUAUAAAGAUCUUAGUAAUGUUCAGGCUCAGGAGAAAAAAGCCAAUGAAGAAACCAAGACUCUUAGGAAUAAGCUGCGGAAGUCUAUACUAAGGGAUGCCGAAAUAGUGGUAACUACAUUAAGUGGCUGUGGUGGGGAUCUUUAUGGAGUUUGCUCUGAGACAAUGUUAAGCUCUAAGUUUGGGGGUCCAUCUGAGCAUACUCUCUUUGAUGCUGUUGUAAUUGAUGAAGCUGCCCAAGCUCUUGAGCCUGCUACUCUGAUUCCUCUUCAGCUUUUAAAGUCAAGUGGAACCAAAUGCAUUAUGGUUGGCGAUCCAAAGCAGCUUCCUGCAACUGUCCUCUCAAAUGUUGCAAGUAAAUUUCUUUUUGAGUGCAGCAUGUUUGAACGUUUACAAAAGGCUGGGCAUCCUGUUAUUAUGCUUACUGAGCAGUAUAGAAUGCAUCCAGAGAUAUGCAAGUUUCCUUCGUUGCAUUUCUAUGACAACAAGUUACUAAAUGGAAGCCUUAUGUCUAGCAAAUCAGCACCAUUUCAUCAGACCAAGAGCCUUGGGCCUUAUGUAUUCUAUGAUAUCAUUGAUGGUCGGGAAGUUCGUGGGAAAAACUCUGGUGCAAUGUCGCUUUGUAAUGAGCAUGAAGCUGAUGCUGCAGUUGAAAUACUAAGGUUUUUCAAGAAAAGGUACCCAACUGAAUUUAUUGGUGGAAGAAUUGGCAUUAUUACUCCAUACAAGUGUCAACUUUCACUUCUGCGAUCUCGUUUUCUUAAUGCAUUUGGAUCUUCGAGUAUAGCCAACAUCGAAUUUAACACUGUGGAUGGUUUCCAAGGUCGAGAGCUGGAUAUUUUGUUACUUUCUACUGUAAGAGCAGCUCUUUCAGGCACUGCUGCAUCUGAAGUCAACUCAAGCUCUAUAGGAUUUGUUGCUGAUGUAAGACGGAUGAAUGUUGCCUUAACAAGGGCCAAGUUGUCACUUUGGAUUUUGGGUAAUGCAAGAACUUUACAGACAAACCAUAACUGGGCUGCUCUUGUGAAGGAUGCUAAAGAAAGAAAUUCGAUCAUGACAGCCAAGAUGCCGUAUCAUUCAAUGUUUAAAACAGCUAAUAAUAAGUGCUUUCUUGAAAAUUAUGAUAAUCAUGUAAGACCACCGAAGCAUGAGAAAAAGGUUAAGGAUAGUGGCCAGAAUGUUACAAAAUUUUUGGUUAAUGACAAGGAUACCUUUGAGAGGAAAAAGAAAUAUGUUGCUUCUGAAGUAAAGGACAGGAAUAAGGGUAAUGGGGAUGAGAAUACUUUUUCAGUUCUGGGAAAAGGUGCUCUAUGUAAGGAAAGGAAUUCUGAAGAUGACUGUAUUUCCAUCAAGAAGGAUAAGGCAUGUCUAGUUGCAAAAUGUGAAAGCAGAAGCUCCAGUGAUGGUACGUUUACAAUGUUAGAUCAACAGGUUUGCAAUGGUGAAAGAGAAGGCAAAGAUCAAAUGAAGAUUAGCAUGGGAAAGGCAAAAUUGGGUAAGAGGCAAUCAAAAUUUCAAAAUUCCAGGAAUAGUUUAGACCAUCCAAUGGAGGAGACAGGUGGUGGGCUUAAGGCAUCAAAACCUUCAGAAUCGGAAAGACUGACUACGUCAGUGGAAGGCUGUCACAAAAAGAGAGAUGCAGAUGAUCAAGUUAGAGCUCUGAAUCAAAGUAAAGUUGCUGAAAUUUCAAAAAGGAAACAGCGGCGUGAAGCUGUUGAUGCUAUUCUUUACUCAUCUUUGAUAUCCACUACGAAGAAGGAUGACACAUCGACCAAAAUUUCUGCAAAAAGGCCUUUUUCCUCAUCUGUUGGAAAUGGGAGUAUGAAACCACCUAAGACAAAGAAAUGUUGAGACCAGAUCAACGAGCACAGGAUAAAGGAAGAAACAGUUUUGUACCGAGGACUAAAGCUGAAGCUUUUCAUUGAUCCUGUAGUGAUCCCCUUUUUUACUAGCCUUACUUGGAUGAAGAUUUUUUGCUGCUCGAAUCUGAUGCUUUUCCAUCGCUGAUCUAAUGGUGAGUGGAUUUUCAUUUGUGCUGUAAUAUGGAUAUCACUGGGAACUUUAAAAAGCGAUUUCAUUUUGUUCCAACAAAUGAGUGUUGGCUGUAAUGAGGAACAAUAGCUAUUUGUAUAUUU